AGACACGUAUCGAAGAUACAGAGCAUUUUCAAUAAAAAGUUGGCGGUGAACGUCAGUUCGUAGGUGCUACCGAUGCAUAAAAUCAACUUUUUUACUGGAGUGUGUUUGUUUGAUAAGUGUCGUUGAUUUUAAAUUCGAAAUGAAGACCGCUCUAGUAUUGAUAUCGUUAAGUUCCCUCUAUCUUAUAAAUGCCGCACCGAUUAAACGAACCAGAGGUUCGAGAACAAGCACACCUCCGCCAACCACAGAAGCUGGUUUCAUCGCGAAAUACUUUCAUUUACCCGAAUUCCUGAAAUUCUCGUCGCAGAACAAAUACACAACCGAACAACCGAUAAAUACGGUAGAACUGCCGCAGAGAUCACGAUUAGGCAAGAUCUUCGACUCGAUUAACGUAUUUAAAAAAUCAAAACCAUCCGACGAGCCUUACCUUAGAGCGUAUAUCCAGCCGAAUGGCACAUACAAAUGGUACUUCGUGUACCCUGGACAAAUGUUGUAUCCGGCACCGGAUCAAUUUUCGUUAGAUGCUCUACAGAAGACGACACCACCGACUACGACACCGACGACGACUACUACGACGACAACCGCACGGCCAUCCGAAGACGACACACCGAAACCGCUGUAUCCUCUAAUGGGUAAAAUAGAAUUCGUUAAAAAUGAAACCGAACCGAAAGAAAACGAAUGGGCUAUUACCAUCUCUGAUUCAGGUCCCAUAUUCCAACCAUUUGGUGAGAUUCGACCACCGUUCGACGAACCGUUACUGCAGCAGUUCCAUCAAGACGACGACGAUCAGCCACCGCAGGACGAAGAACCUGAAGAAGAAAACGAGUCGGUUACCAGACGUAAACGUAAACAAUCUAGAACGGAAAAACCAGUAGAAGAGGAAGAAUCACCGGAGCAACAAGCAGACGAAGAACCGGCCGAUGAACAGCAAGAAAAUACACCGGAGGAUGCGGCUGAAUACGAUAACGCUGAAGGUGAAGGUGAACCCGAACAAAACGACAACGAAGCUUCAGCUGAUGAAAAUACUCAGGAUGAUGUGCCCGAAGAAGACGAACAGGCGGCCGAUGACGAAGAUCAGGCGGCAGAUGAUGACGAAGAUGCUACCACCGAAGAAGCUCCGGUGACCAAAGCUAAGAAGCGACAGUAAAUUAACCCUUUAAAUUAAAUUAAAAUGUACUCACCUCGCGAUUCAUGAAUAUUUCCAAUCAUACUUCGUACGAAAGGCGUACGUACUGUAAAAUAUAAUGUGCUUUUAAAUACCGAACCGAACGAAUAAUACAAGACGACAGAUGAGCGCGGCAAACUAGAAUGAUGCAGCAAGAAGAAGAAAGAAGAAUGAAAAUGGAAUGAUUUCAAAAUGGCGAUCGGUUUCUUCUAGAACAAUUUCCAGACUUCCAGAGUUGUUUUUUAACGGUUGCCUGCGGUGGGGUGACAUCGUAAAAUCAGUGUGACCACAUUGAAUGAUUUUUAAACGUUUUUUAUUUUUUUAAGAUUUUUUUUUCGAUUUUUAGUUUUAUUCGAACUUUAUAAUAAAGGAAAGGAUUUUUAUUUUAAUAA